AGGCGAUCAACUGUAAUCUUGGGGUCCUGAAGUGAGACGUCCAUUGCGCCUCUGUGUGCAAUGGCAGCGAGCGCCCCGCGAUCUGCGCAAAAUUGGCACAAUUUCGUGAUUGCCCUGGGUUACUCUGGUCCCGCAGCCCCACCUUGGCGCACCACCCGAUCUGAGCCCUCGAGCCCACCCAACCUCCAUGUUUGUUGCAACCGCUGUCUCCCUCUCUCUGUCUGGCAUACGAGCGCAUAGACCCGGAGCCGUUCGCGCCCUUCAACACGCACACUCUCUGAAGCAUCUUCGCUUUGCUUACGUACCCGCUCCCACCCUCGGCACACACUGUACAAUACAUAUAUAUAAUCCUGUAUGUGCGCUGCCUUCAAGCUUCGACAUGGCUGCUCUAUCCUGAAAAGCAAAGGCGCCAGGCCAGACCUGAGUCCUUGGGUCGCAAUUUUUGGGUGUUGAUUUGAAACGGUCUCUUAGCGAGUGCAAAGAAGUACAACUGCAGAGCAG